AUAAUUAAGAAAAUAUAUUUUCUGACCAGAAAAUGGACUAAUCACUUUAUUUAAUUAAAAUAAUAAUAAUAAUAAUAUUACAGGUCAGAGUUCAGACCGUCAGAUAAUGAGUUAAAAAUCAACAGCGUACAACUGUACGACAGACAAACAUGCGAUAAACAAAAAAAGAUAAAUGAAAUUACGUAAUUGCCCUUCCGUCUUCCUCAACUCGUCAUCUCACAUUCGUCAGACCACUCAAAACGCAGCACGCAAGAAAAAUUCACUCUUUGUGCGAAUCUCUCCGUCAGUGAUUUGUCGAAAUCUCCGUUAAAUUUUCCCCCAAAAAUAUUAUAUUUUUGUUUUUACAGUUUCUCGAUUCUGCAACAAUGGCGGCGAAACCCACAUCAACUGCGACGACGACGAUACAAGCAAUUCCCCAGAAGCUACAAACCCAGAAGAAACAGACAACGAUCGAGCAGCAAGAACAGCGAAUCGAAGAUGUUUUAUCCUUCCCGAUCUUAUUAUCCGACCAAAUCAACGAAUCCGUCAAGGAGGCCAAAAUCUUCAAACUCGAGUGCUCCCUCGUCGGAAAGCAGGUCGACCGCCUCCGCCAAAUGCUCCGCUCCGCCGCCCGCCUCUCCACCUCCGACGCCGCCUUCUACAGCCGCCCCCUCCGCCGCAUCGCCGCCGACGUCUCCAAGAACCUCGAGAAAACCCUAACCCUCGUCAGAAAAUGCCGCCGGGGCAGCUUCUUCCGCCGCGUCGUCACCAUCGUCUCCGCCGCGGAUUUCCGGAAGCUCCUCAACCUCCUCGAAUCCUCCGCCGCGGACAUGAAGUGGGUCCUCAGCAUCUUCGAAUCCGGCGCCGGCGCCGGCGGCAUCGUCCUCAGUCUCCCCCCCAUCGCCGCCAACGACCCUAUAAUCUCAUGGGUCUGGUCGUUUAUCGCCGCCCUCCACAUGGGCCAACUCCAAGACAAAAUCGAAGCCGCCACCGAGUUAUCUUCCUUAGCCAAAGACAACGACAGAAACAAACAGAUCAUAGUUGAUGAAGGUGGGGUUCUGCCAUUGUUGAAACUCCUCAAAGACAGUUCCUCCAGUCAAGCCCAAAUCGCAGCCGCUUCGGCACUCCAAAAUUUAGCCAACGACAUCGAACGAGUCGGAUCCAUCAUCGACCAAUCAGGAGUGCCGAUCAUCGUGCAAGUCUUAUCCGAUUCGCCCAUGAAGGCCCAAAUCACAGUAGCAAACCUAGUAGCUACAAUGGCAGAGCAUUCCCCUCUCGCGCAAGAAGAUUUCGCUCGAGUAAACGCCAUCAGACCACUCGUGACAUUGUUAUCGAUCGAUUUGUCAAUGGACGAUUCUACCCUCAAACACAGCAAACAAAGCAUCCACACCCUCGUCCUCAUCAACAAGGAGAUGGAAAACAAGACCAGUUCGUACAGUAAGAGAGCAGUAACGAGUCAACGAAAGGAGAGAGAAAACGAGAAUCCACAAGUGAAACUCUCUCUGAAAUCCACUUGCGCCAGAGCAUUAUGGAUGCUGGCUAAAGGGAGCGUAGCCAAUAGUAAACGAAUAGCAGAAACCAAAGGGCUCCUCUGUUUAGCUAAGCUUGUGGAAACCGAGGAAGGAGAAUUGCAGAAAAACAGUUUAAUGACGAUAAUGGAGAUAACCACUGCAGCAGAAUCCAACGCGGAUCUCCGGCGAGCAACUUUCAAGACGAAUUCCCCGGCGGCAAAGGCGGUUGUGGAUCAGCUUCUCAGGGUGGUGGCUAAAGAUUCCGACGAACCGACGCUGCAUGUGGCGGCAAUAAGGGCUAUAGGGUCGUUGGCCAGAGCAUUCCCUGCGAGAGAAACUAAAAUCAUCGGUCCACUAGUCGAACAGCUGAGUCAUAGGAAUCAAGAAGUGGCAAUAGAAGCUGCUAUUUCCCUUUCAAAGUUCGUUUGUCCGGAGAAUUUUCUGUGUGUGGAACAUUCCAAGACGAUUAUCGAGUUCGGUGGGGUCCCACCACUCAUGAGGUUGCUGAGGUGGAACAACGAGCGUGCCCAGCUGAACGGAUUGAUACUCGUGUGUUACCUUGCAGUGCACGCUGGAAAGAGCGAGGAUUUGGAAAGAGCGGGAGUGCUUAACGCUUUCGAGGGGGUCGAUCGAGCGUUUAUUGCUCAACAUCCGGAACUGAAAGAAUUGAUACAUCAAGCGAUUUAUCAUUUGAGCGUUUUUCAUCAAUCGCACUCUGGUAUGCUUGCUCAAAGGCCAUUUUUAGCCCCAUAGAUAUAUAUAUAUAUAUAUAUAUAU